AACAGCAAGCACAGCGAGCACGCAGCCACGGCAGGACACACGGAUCACCCCCCCCCCACCCCACCCCAGCCUUCCUCCUCCCGCACCACCUCACCGCUUCGCCUCCACCACCGCUCCCGGCCCAAAAGUUGCUCGCUUUUCCCCUUGCUGCCGUUCGCCUCUGGGUUUUGGGGGAGGAGUGUUUUCUUGGUGCCCUUUGAGGUUUAGCAGGUUUCUUGAGGGGUUUUAGGCGGAGUUUGGAGCCCAGUCAAAUGCGAGUGGAGUGAUGCGGGCCAUGGAGGAUGGGGUGUUCAUGGCGGUGAGGCGGACGGAGCACGUCCAGGUCACCUCCCGGGCGGUGGAGGUGGCCAAGGGGAAGGAGACGGAUGGCGGUGCCGGGCCGAGGACGGUCAGGGUGUUUUGUGACGACUACGACGCGACUGACUCGUCCGGUGAUGAGGAGGAGGAGGCCGCCGCGCGCCGGAGGGUGAAGCGCUACGUGCAGGAGAUCCGUCUGGAGCCGGCGGUGAAGGAGGUGGCUGCCGUGAGAGUCGUCGCGGCGGCGGCGACAAUCUCGGCGAAGCCGAGGGUGGUGGUCCCUGGCAGGAAGAGGAAGGCCGACGGCGAGCCGCGGUUCCGCGGCGUGCGGCGGCGGCCGUGGGGCAAGUACGCGGCGGAGAUCCGCGACCCGUGGCGGCGGGUGCGGGUCUGGCUCGGCACCUUCGACACGGCCGAGGAGGCCGCCAAGGUGUACGACUCGGCGGCCAUCCAGCUGCGCGGCCCUGACGCCACCACCAACUUCGAGCAGGUCGGCGACGACGACGUCGCCGUCCCCGCCGAUCGCCUCCCCCAACCUCCGGCGGCGUCCAAGAACGCUUCUUCCUCCGCCACCUCCUACGACUCCGGCGAGGAGUCCCACGUGGCGGCGGCGUCCCCCACCUCCGUCCUCCGCUCAUUCCCUCCGUCCGUCGCUGCCGCCACCGAGGACACCUGCAAGAAGCCGUCACCGCCUUCCCGCGCCUCGGUCCCGGAGACCGACGAGUCCAGUGGCGUCUUCGGCUGCCCCUUCUCCGGCGACGGCUUCGCCGGCGAGUUCCCACCACUCUACACCGACUUCGACCUGCUGGCCGACUUCCCGGAGCCCCCGCUGGACUUCCUCUCCGACCUCCCCGAGGAGCCCUUCUCCCUGCCCGCCUUCUCCGCCGGCGGCGAGUGCUCAUCGGACCGGCAGCCGUCGCCGGUGAAGUGGCAGCAGGUGGACGACUUCUUCCAAGACAUCACCGACCUGUUCCAAAUCGACCCGCUGCCCGUCGUCUAGCGCACCAACUGUAAUCACCGAACUAGCGUCGUCUAAUUCGGCCAAUUUUGUUUGCAUUUCGUCUCCUUCUCUUCUACUAUCUUUUAGAGUAGGUGCCACCCCUGUCAAGGAAGAAGAAGCCGUGCACCGGUGUAGGUGCCACCCCCCGUCAAGGAAGAAGAAACCUUUGAUGCUGGGCUCUUUGUUCGGUUAUGGUCCUGUUACCGCAAUCAAGCUAUGAGUAAUU